AUGCCAUUCGAUAAGGAGGACACCGAGACCAGGCGCUUCCAGCGGCUCGACGGCAGCCAGGUGCGCACGCCAUUCAUGCGCGGCCGAGGGAGUCAGGCGGUGAUGGAGUACGACGGGUUCAAGGUGCUCAAGCUAACCUACCAUCCACACUGUCUACCCCACUGGCAAGACAAAUAUGGGCGCGGUCGUAACCGUAAUACUAAGCAGCAAGAGGACGAGCGGCCCCGGUUCUCCAUGUGCAUCUUCCUCCCAGACGACCACGACGGCCUGCCGAGACUCAUGGACAAGAUGGCUUCCUGCCCUAGCUUCCUAUGGGACCACAUGCCGAGUGAAAGCGUCAAGGUUAGCGAGUUGCGGUUGCCCAAGUUCAAGCUCUCCUUCUCCAACAGAAUCAAUGGCGUUCUCAAGGCCAUGGGGAUCGAGGCCGCCUUUGAGGAAGACACUGCGGACUUGUCUGACAUGCUGGAGCGCGAGAAUCACCUGGUAUCAGAACAUGUUUUCCACGAGGUGGUCGUUGAGGUGAAUGAGGAAGGGACAGAAGCAGCGGCCUCUACUGCUUGCGUGAUCCGAAAGCUUUGUUCUUGUGGCCUACCCGUGAAUUUUGUGGCUGACCAUCCAUUUGCGUUCUUUGUGGUGGAGGAGGUGUCUGGUGUCGUCGUCUUCAUGGGACAUCUUCUCGAUCCGACGAAAUCAGAGCAUGAAGCAUGA